CAAGCCACAGUGUGGUUUGACCACCCAAAGCUGUCGGGGAGCCGCCAGCAGGCAGAGGCGGUGGCUGAGGUGGCAUCGCUGACCGGGGAGAACGUGCGCCUGCGCCGAGCCUUCCUGCUUACCGCGCCUGAGCCGUUUGGCACGGUGACCGUGGCCACGCACGAUCGCGGCAGCCCCGGAUUUGGCUUGGGGCGGGUAGCUGGUCUGUUCUCACUCUCACAUUAUGAGCCGCCUGACAAUGGCAGCAGCAGCUGGGGAGGGUGCAGAGUGCCAGCACAAGCAGUGGUAGACGCUGCUAAUGAGGUGGCAGGAGGACUGGCAAUGCACGUGUGUGUGAUGAAGCCGCUGUACUUGAGGCGGGAGGACGUGCCUGGGGACGUGGUGGAGAGGGAGAGUGACGCGCUGCGAGCACAGGCGGUGGCAGCGGGCAAGCCAGCAGGCGUGGUGGAGAAGAUGGUGGCGGGGCGGCUGUGCAAGUUCUACGAGGAGGUGGUGCUGCUGGAGCAGCCGCAUGCCAUGAACGAGAACUGGACCAUGCAGGAAGUGCUAGCAGGAGCUUCCAGGAAGGUGGGGGUACCGAUCCGAUUGGAGCGAUUUUUACGGCUAGAGGUUGGGGAAGGCAUUGAAAG